UGAGUAGUCAUUCUCAUUUUGUGUCCGACAAUUCGGUUGAAAAUUGCAUUUUCUGCUGAAAAUAGACGUGCGAGCAGUGACCGCGGCUUAGUAAAUUCAAAUAUAGCUAACGCAACAACAAUAAAAUGUCGACAGCAAGCUCGAUUCCGCCGCCAGUUUCCUGGGCUCAGCGCAGCGAUUUGAUUUAUGUUAUCAUCGAUGUGGAAUGCAAAGACAUUGAACACAAAGUGACAGAAAAGACCUUCACUUUCAAGGGUGUAAAUGCACUUGACGCCUCCAAAAAGUACGAGGUCACAUUGAACUUCUACAAUUCGGUUGAUCCGGAGAAGGUGACUAGCAAGAAUAUUGGACGCUGCUUGGAAUUCACAAUACCCAAGAAGGAGAAUGGUCCAUACUGGCCAACACUGACCACAGAUAAGACCAAAUUGCACUUCUUGAAGGCCAACUUUGCCAAGUGGCGCGAUGAGUCUGACGAAGAAGAUGGUGGUGAUGCUAAGGACAACGGAAUGUUUAGCAACUUCUUAAACAGUCCGGGAGGCGAUUGGAACAACAAAUUUGAUGAUUUCAAUGUCGACGAGGAUGACGACUCCGACGAUUGCAUACCCAGUCUAUCGCAAAACGAAGACGAGGACGAAGGCGGGGAGGGCGACAAAGACAAGAAGCCAGCUGCCUAAGGAGCUUGCUGUUCGGGCAUUUCUGAAGUAAUAGAGUCGUAGCAUUAGCCGAGACCCCUAUACCGUUAAGUCACACAUACACACACACACAAACACAAUCAUGAGUUCG